AUGCCUGAAGCAUUUAUCCCGAUCGAUGUUUGCUACGACGGGCCAGUCUCUCCAGUGGCCAUACGAUCCUGCCUGGGUUACUCAGUCUUUGGUCGAAUGGGUAAAGAGAUUGAAGCUCAGUGUUCUACAGCGUGUACAUCCGCGGUUCAUAACGUAUGUGUCUCCAGCGAUAUUACCUUUAACCAUCAAUUGGAGUCAUUUUGGAAACUGGAGUCCCUCGGAACCUCUCGUGAUAACUCGAAGACCAUGUCAGUCCAAGAUAAACAAGCGUUGAAAGUGAUAGAGAAGACUCUCACCAAGGUUGACAGUCACUAUCAAAUGGGCCUACUAUGGAAUAAUGAAGAUACACAUCUCCCGAACAAUCGGACAGUAGCAGAAAUACGACUUAAACAUCUGAAACGGCGACUUGAACGAGAUCCUAAGCUGAAAACGAAAUAUCUCGCUAUCAUAGAUGAUUACAUAGUAAAGGGUUAUGCUCGAAAGCUCACAAAGAACGAAGCAAUCACUAAAAGCGAUAAAACCUGGUAUCUUCCUCAUCACCCGGUGAUAAACCCUCGUAAACCAGAGAAAGUGCGUGUUGUCUUCGACGCCGCUUCAACGUUCAACGACACAUCACUUAAUGACCAACUUCUUCAAGGUGCUGACCUGAUGAACAAUCUGGUGGGUGUCCUAAUCCGUUUCAGACAGUUCGCAGUUGCUCUAAUCGCGGACAUAGAGGCGAUGUUCCACCAGAUAAAGGUUCAACCCGAAGAUUGUGAUGCUCUCCGCUUCUUGUUGUGGAAUGACGACUGCCAAAAGCCAUUGGAGGAAUACAAAAUGCUGGUUCACAUCUUUGGUGUCAAGUCUUCUCCAUGUUGCGCUACCAAACGAUAACGAGUUGAAAUAUGGUAAAGACGUAGCUGAAGUGGCGCGGCGUAAUUUCUACGUGGACGAUUUGUUGAAAUCUACUGCUACAGACGAAGAGGCAAUUAACCUAGCCUAGCACUGAAACUAAUCGAUAUACUCGCAGAAGGUGGCUUUCGCUUUAACAAAAUUUCUCAGCAAUCGUAAGGAUGUCUUGAAAGCAAGUCCAGUGAAAGAAAGAGCUACUCCUACCCUUGAUCUGGAUUUAGAUAAGCUACCCAUUAAUCGUACCUUGGGCUUAUCCUGGGACGCUCAAACCGAUGAGUUCUAUUUUUCGUCCAUUAGAACUGACAAACCCGCUACCGAACGCGGCAUUCUCUCUGUUAUUAGCUCAUUAUUCGACCCGCUGGGAUUCCUGGGGCCGUUCAUUUUACCUGUCAAAAUACUUCUGCAGGAACUCUGGCGCCAAGGAAUUGGAUGGGAUGAAGAGAUAUCUGAGAAGCAGCUCGAAAUUUGGCAAAAUUGGCUUCAAUCACUUCUUCAGCUUUCCGACAUCAGAAUUCCCCGGUGCUUUAUUGUAACCAAGAUCCCGCGUGAAAGUAUUGAACUUCACAUGUUCAGCGACGCCAGUGAAGUGGCAUAUUCUGCGUCAGCCUACAUUCGGAUCACAGAUGAUCAAGGUGUGAUUCACUGCAGUUUCGUAAUGGGAAAAUGUCGAAAUUCUCCAAUAAGAAGGCCAACUAUUCCGAGAUUAGAGCUUUUGGCGAGUGUCAUGGCGGUGCGUCUGAGCAACCUUAUCCGUUCAGAAUUCUACUGGAAGUUCGACAAUAUUAUAUUCUGGACAGAUUCUAUUAACCGUGCUGCAGUACAUAUAUAACGAGAGUCGAAGAUUUCAUCGUUUUGUAGCGACACGCCUUCAAGAGAUUCAUGAACACACAAAGUUCGAUCAGUGGCGUUUCGUUCCAGGAAAGCUCAAUCCAGCAGAUGACAGAUCAAGGGGCUUACCAAUAGAAGUGUUCAAAGCGAAGUGUCGUUGGUUGUCAGGCCCAGAUUUUCUGCACCAAAGCGUUGAUCAAUGGCCAUGCACAACGAUAACCAAAGUUCUAGAAGACGGUGAAGGAGAUUUAACAAAGCAAUCUUGUCAAAAUGUUGUUGCUGUCGGUAACGGUUUAUCGGAGUUGCUGAAACGUUUUUCGUCAUGGUCGAAGCUACAAAAAUGA